UUUCUACGUUCUAUUUUUGCUUCAAACUAUUUUUUUUUUCAUAAAUUAUAUUAAAAAGGAGUUUGUUUAAUCGUUGUGAUAACGAAACGAAUCUACGUACGUCCCGAAUAAAGUGCGAGAAGUUCACGAAAUCUUCUAGAUAAUGCAGAGUCUCCGUACCAACAACAUAAAUUUAGAGGUGACCUUUCCUGUAAGGCAGUGCAUGGGAGCGAGUGAAAGGCGACGGAGCCGGUUCCACGAUUUUUUAACUUUAACCUGAACCAAAAAAAUUAAAAUCAGUUCCUCAUCCAUCGAUUCUCCACAAAAAUCGCCAAUAUUACUUAAGGAAAUCAUAAAAGUUAUUUUUUGAAAAAUGAUUAAAGAAAGAUCUUCAACGCGGCGAUUUUAUCGCGGGGAAAGCUCCGCGAAUCUUCUAGCUUGCUUAGAUAGAGGCCUUACAGCUGAAGAGGAGAAUCGAUGGACUUUUGAAGUAGCUUGGGAGGUUGCAAAUAAAGUUGGAGGGAUUUACACCGUAAUUCGAUCAAAAGCUUACAUUUCAACAGAAGAAAUGGGGAAUCAAUAUUGUUUAAUCGGCCCAUAUAAAGAAGCUACAGCAAGAACUGAGGUUGAAGAAGGCCCUUUAGAUCCCCCUGCUUUAAACGACGCUGUUAGUAUUUUAAGAAGUUCAGGUUUCAAGGUAAUUACUGGGCGUUGGCUCGUCGAUGGGAACCCACAAUUAAUUUUAAUGGAUAUUAGCUCAGCCGCGUGGAAAUUAGACGAGUACAAAACGGAAUUAUGGAAUACGUGCAAUAUAGGGGUGCCCCACUUGGAUGUAGAAACGAACGAUGCUAUUAUUUUAGGUUUUAUGGUCGCUGAGUUUAUAGGCGAAUUUAAAAAGAUCAUCGAAUCCGGUUAUGGAGACUUCCAACCGAAAAUUGUGUCACAUUUUCACGAGUGGCAGGCCGGAAUUGGACUUAUACUGUUAAGAACUCGCAAAUUAAACGUUGCCACCUUGUUUACAACUCACGCUACACUUCUUGGAAGGUACCUUUGUGCUGGAAGCACCGAUUUUUAUAAUAAUUUAGAUACUUUUAAUGUUGAUGAAGAAGCAGGGAAAAGACAAAUUUAUCAUCGAUAUUGUUUAGAAAGGGCGGCUACACAUCUUUGUCAUACUUUUACAACAGUUUCAGAUAUAACAGGUUACGAAGCGGAACAUUUACUUAAAAGAAAACCGGAUCAAAUAACCCCGAACGGAUUAAACGUAAAAAAAUUCAGCGCACUCCAUGAAUUCCAAAAUCUCCAUGCAAUAUCGAAAGAAAAAAUCCACGAAUUCGUGCGAGGUCACUUCUCGGGUCAUUACGAUUUCGACCUAGAUAAAACCCUUUAUUUUUUUAUUGCCGGCCGAUACGAAUUUGGAAAUAAAGGUGCCGAUAUUUUCAUCGAAGCCCUUGCGCGAUUAAAUCACUACUUAAAAUCAUCGCAUCCCGAUGUAACGGUCGUUGCGUUUUUAAUAUUUCCAGCAAAAACUAAUAAUUUCAAUGUGGAAUCGUUACGAGGGCACGCAAUAACUAAAGGGUUACGCGAUACGAUCAGUGAUAUCCAACAAACGAUUGGGAAACGAAUGUACGAGAUUUGUUUAAGCGGGAGAGUCCCCGAUUCGAAGGAGUUAUUAGAAAAAGAGGAAAUUGUGCGGCUAAAACGUUGUAUUUAUUCGCAACAAAGAGAUGGGUUACCUCCAAUUACAACCCAUAACGUUGUCGAUGAUUGGAAUGAUCCCGUUUUAAACGCAAUAAGGCGUUGUAAUUUGGUUAAUAUGAGCCAAGAUAGGGUUAAAAUUGUGUUUCACCCCGAAUUUUUAAGCUCGACUAAUCCUUUGUUUGGGCUUGAUUAUGAAGAAUUUGUUCGGGGGUGCCAUUUGGGUGUAUUUCCGAGUUAUUACGAACCGUGGGGUUACACUCCAGCUGAAUGUACCGUUAUGGGAAUCCCGAGUAUCACCACAAAUUUAUCUGGGUUUGGUUGUUUCAUGCAAGAACAUAUCGCUGAUCCUAUGUCUUACGGAAUUUACGUCGUCGAUCGGAGAUUCAUCUCAUUAGAAGAUUCGGUGCAACAAUUAGCUAGGUUUAUGUAUGAUUUUGCAAGGUUGAGUCGAAGACAAAGAAUAAUUCAACGAAAUCGAACGGAGAGAUUAAGCGAUUUAUUGGAUUGGAGAAAUUUGGGGAUUUAUUACCGACAAGCGAGGAUGCAAGCGUUAAAAACUGUGUUCCCUGAUUACCAAGGCGACGUACAUCCGGGGAUUGGAGCCAUUAAUUACCCAAAACCGAUUUCGGAGCCUUCAAGUCCUAGUUCGAGUAGAGUUACAACUCCAGCUGCUUCUAUCCAUGGAAGUGAUGAUGAAACGGAUUCGGUUGAUGAGGAACAAGAGUUGGAGGAGUUAAGGGUUGGAAAUGAAUGAGCACAAAGGAGCAGUAUUAUUAUUAAUUUGAAACAAAAGGAGAGUGAGUGAAAAAAGGCGAUAUUGUUUUAUGUUUGUUGUGUUUAUAUGAAACAAAGAAAGUUUAUGAAGAUUUUGAUGAUUAAUAAAUUAAUCUUUAAAUUUUUAUGGUAA